AUGGCUCCCCCUGGUCCUGAUCCAGAAAUGUUGAAGUCCUUUUGUCGCUUUACUGCAGAUACCCGCCGUUUGCUGAUCCUCCACUUUGGGGAGGACGAUGCCCUGGACGAAGCUGAGUGCUUGAGGAACGCGCUACUGUGGGCAUGGCAGCAUUUACCUGAUUCAGCAACAGCCCUGCUAGACGGAAGACUCGAACAUGCAGCGAAGGGUGAGACGACGCUGCUUGUCACGCUCAACUUGGGACUGUCGGUGGCAGUCUCAAGUGUGGCAGCCCGAUGUGAGCAGCACAAGGAAAAGUUGGCGUUUGCUGUUUGUACAUUGGAAGUUGGAGUGGAGCAGAGACGGAGACGGUCCGAGAAUGCAAGCGGUGGUGCUAUGGCAAUGGAUCGCAUGAGGAGCUCCAGCUUGGAGCCCAGCCUCGUUGUGAACAUCAACGUUGGCCCCACGCAGCCUGUCGGUCAAGCGGAACCGUUCAAACGAGUUGGCAGCUUGACUUUGCCAGUGCGUGGAACUCCCAUCGAUUCCACAGUGGCGCCCGGAUCAGCCAGUGUCUCUCUUCCAGCGUAUCCUCCCCUAUUCAAGGAUUUGCUUGUGUCACAGCUUGGCUUUCCAGGGGUCCAGGUGGUGCAGGCAACUGUUUCUCCGCCCAAACUGACUCAUACUGCGCCAGCGCGGCCUUUACAGCCAACUCUUGUCGCAUCUAAUGUGACUUCCAUCGGGAGUGUCGGACACAACUAUCGAGCAGGGGAUCGAGUGGAGAUUCUCGUUUCAGAUGAGGUUUGGGAGGCUGCAACCGUCGAAGAGGUGAUGACUGCCACAAAAAAGGUCAAUGGAGUACCCUUUCAUGAAGGAGUGGUGAAAGUGCGCUGCGACAAUGGGCUUGUCACUCUACUUUCCACGGCUGCUGCGCACAGGCUUCGAAAGUCUUGCAGGAACAGCUGCGCUGGUAGUCCCACGAAGCGCGCGGCCGAAGCAAGGAGCAGAAGCCCCUCUACAAGAUCCGGCCCGUCCAUAGUGGAGCUAGAAGAAAGUGCUGAAGUUGCAUUGGAAGAAAGCCCAAGGACCGGCGUCCCUUUCACAAGUACCCUGAAGAGUGAAGCUCAAGUGCCUGUCAGCACCACUGGUGUGAAAGCCAUUGAGGAUAAUCGUCUUCUCAGAAACGCUUGGCGUGUUGAUGAUUUGGGUGUGCCAAACCUGGAGCCCUUGAACGCUGGGCUUCAGCCACUGACAGCAUCACGCUCAAGGCCAAGACAGACCAAGACCAAAGAUGUUGAUUGGUCCUUGCAGAUUGGUCGUCCAACAUUCUUCGCCUAUUUUGCAGGAUGCAUCAAUGGCCUUUGUAGUUCCGAUGCGGUGGCGAGUAAGAAACCUCCACCCGCUCCUUGGUCGUCCUUGGGCCUCGCGAGUCCAGGCAGCGAUUUCGACCUCCGCCCAAUCGAGGCAGAGAAGAACGAGGUGGUACUUAUUGUGGACGAGACCCUCGACACUUACACCUCGCCAAAGCCUGCGACAUUAGCGGACGGUCCAAUCGAGGCAGAGACGGUCCAAUCGGCGACUGUGGUCGUCGAACCCCUGGUCAUUGCCCCGCACGUACUCCUCAUGAAGGCGAAGGCUCCAGUUGUUGCGCCGACGGGGCGAUAUCAGUUGCAGAAGGACAUGAACUUCUUGACUCAGCACUUUGGGUGUGAGAAUGGGAAAUUUGGAGGGUAUCACAACGGCGAGCUGCUGAUGCAAAAGGGUGACACGUACAUUCGGGACUACUUUGGCCUCUUCGACACUGCGACCUACAAGUUUGAAGCGCCAGAUGGGAAUGUGGUCGUGUGGCGCUGCGCCAUCGACUUGCGGAAAAGCACACACGACAUGGACUUCAAGGUGUUGUACCAUUUCACAGACGAGAUGGGCUUCGUCAAUAUUGUUGGCUGCGAAAAAUCUAUAAACCAGAUUUUUGCUUCCUUCAAAGACCGGGCUCAUUUCGGUGACGGUGUCUACGCUACGCAACAUGAACCUGCUGUGUGGAAUUCGCGCGGCCGGUGUUUGCUCAACAAUUACGACCGGGGAGACCCAACGCGUCCCAACAUCGAUGAUGAUACUUUCAAGAACAGGGACAAAGAGUGGGGCACUGGCAACAAGAACGGCCAUCGGGUAGCAUUUUGUGUUCCUCUCCUGGUUCCGAAAGGAAGCUACUUCAACGUUCAAGAGGAUGGGCCGAAAACACACAUUGCCGCAGGCCACGAUGUGCAUGGGAACUUCAUUCACGAGAAACGUGAUGUAUGGGUCAUCAAAUACAAAAAGGAAAAGGAUGGCAAGGAAGCUUCAGCCGAUGACAGCGAUUCAGACAUUUUCUCUGAGGGAGAUUUCGAGAUUGAUAGCGACACCGACAGUGAUUGUGGCAGUUCGACAUCCAACGAGUCGAUCGCCCAUAGCGACUCUGGUAGUUCGACUUCUAACGAAUCGAACGCAAGUUCGAAUCAGAACAAACCUAGCGACAUUUGCAACGCUGGACUCGAAGCACAGCGCUUGCUGAAGUGCAUGCGAAAGCGGAGCGAGAGUAUUCGGAAGAAAUUCAGCCAGUUGAUCAGUGUAACCGGUGCAGACAACAAUAUGAAAAUCGCGAUUCUCGAGGAACGCUUUGACCUUUUGUACGAACUCGGAAAUCGAUAUUUGGCUCGUGGUCUUCAUGAGGAAGCUUUGUCAAAGAUGGAGGAUUGCAAGAAACUGGGCGAGAGGCACUUUGGGAAACAACAUCAGUUCACUUUGCUUGCUCGCGAUGGUGUUGGACGAGCCCAAUUGGCCCAGGGGAACCGGUUUCCACAAGCUGUCGAAACCCUCCAAGGAGCGAAGAGAAGUGCGGAAAAUCUGGGCAAGAAGCAUCCGGUCUACAUGCGAUGCACGUUCUCUUUAGUCCCAGUCCUUCAGCAACUCUCACGCCAGGGAAAUGAAUAUAUAUUGGAGGAUGCUAGACAGAUGUUCAAAGAGACAUUUGAACACUACGAAGAGUGGCUGGGCGAAAGAGGCGAGAAGUUCCCUGACAUCGAAGCCUUGAAGCAGAUGCGCAGGCAUGCUUCUCUUCUUUACUCCAAGAAUGACAAGGAUGCCAAAGAUGAAGCUUUGAGCAUGCUGAACGAUGUCAUGGUGCAGCGAGAGAAGAAGCUGGGAAAAAAGCACGCUGAAACCGGUCUGGUUAAACGUGAUUUGGCAAAUCUGUGGGCGGCUUGCACCAGCGGAAUCUCUGACAAGUAUUACGUAGAUGCUAUGGAGAUUUGCAACAAGGAGCUGGGCAGGUUCCAUGUGGAUUCCCUUCGCUGCCUUUCUCAGCGCAUCAACUUCUUGGUAAAACCGGACUACACAGAAGAUUUGGUCCAUGAGCUAAUGAUUGCGAUCAGAAGAAUCUUGGAAGAGGAAGACAAGAAGGAGGCAGAAAGCCUUUUGGGCCUUCUCCGAGGUCCACUUCAGCAACUUCUAGAGAUUCAGCAAGACAGAAAGGAUGAGAAGACUAAGGAGGUCAAUAAGCUCAUAGAGGAUCUUGAAAAGGAGUGGGAAAAGCAGAGAGAAGGUAUGACAGAGAAAGGCCUUGAAACCUUCCUCCAGGAAUAUGCGAUCGGCAUGACCUACCUUGAGAUUAGCAGGGUAGAAGAGGCCAAGGAGUCGUUUAAAAGGCUUGAGGAGAUUUACAACAAGCUCACCGGCAAGGAUGGCAAAUAUGCAAAGAAAAAACUUAUGGAUGCCAAGUACAACCUCGCCUUUUUGGAAUUGGAUGCCAAGUGCUCCAAGAAGAAACUCCGUGAGCUUUUAAAGUCCUGUGGGAAUGACACGGAAGCCAUUUCCGAGCAGAUGAAGAAAAUGGAAGGGAUGAUGGUCUUAUAUGGUGAGCAGGGCCGGAAGUACCCGAAGUUCCUACAAGAGGUGCUACAACAGUUUGAAGAUAAGCGAAAGGAACUAGAAGAUGCCACCAAGGAUGACAAAUCUCCGACUCUGGAAUCAGAAGCAAGGAAAGUUAUGGAGAAAGUGGAAGAGGAUGUAGAGGAGGAUGGAGAUGAAGAAGAAUCAGCGGAAAGGAAUGAGGAAAAGGACUUGGUGCCAGAGCUCGAGGCAUCUUUAAAUGCAUCUUUCAUCUGUCGCCAGGCCUCGCCGCACUCAACGCUGACACAGCAGGCGCCUCGAGUAUUCUCCUCGCCUGGAUUCUCCACGCCUGCGCCAAAUUUCAUCAAUCAGGUGCCACGUGCGCCACCAUCAAUUACUGCUGCGUUUACCGCUCAGGCGCCUGUGGUAUUCUCCUCGCCUCAAUUCUCCACGCCUGCGCCAACUUUCAUCAAUCAGGCGCCUCGGCCUAUGCAACUUUCGACCCACGCGCAAAGAUAUGACCCAAGACUGUUCAAGACUUCUCCAGUUCAUAUCCUCCAGCAGGCAGCCGCACCGAGAACAGCAUCCAGUUUCCAGCCCUGCAGUCGAUUGCGCUGGUGAGCUCAAAGGAUGCCUGAGAAGGAGACCACCAGGAGACCGCAGAAACCUGGGUGGAAAGGAUUAACAAAAAACAAAAUGAAUCCAGUUCAGGUUUGUUUGCCCAAUCGGGGGACCUCCCAGAGUGAGGUUGUUGCCAGGAAAAGGUUCCUUUUUCCCACAAGACAUCGUGCAGGUAGUUUGUUUGGAAUGGUGUCAAACCCUCCGAUUGGAUCAACAAGCCCAUAGAGCUGAAUCGUAAGGAUUGGACUGCGGGGAGUGAACUAAGUUCCUAGCUUUGCAGUCUACAGUGGCACGCCUUUCAAUGCCUGAUGCAAUUUUGUCGUUGAUUGGUCCGCUCUUUUGAGUGUUUGCCAGGCUUCCCAAAGUUCAAUUUGUCACCAUGUUUAUCAAUGUUUAUAUAACUUGUGGAGUAAAUGGAUUAAGUAUAGGUGAUAUCAGGAAUAUCCAAACCAUAAAGGAACAAUUAGGUGCAGGGUUGUGUAGAUUAGACAUAUUGUGUGCUUGGAUGCCCGGUUGCCAUUCUCACCUGAUAUGAGAGACGCCCAGUAUCCUGCGGUACAUUGACCUUGUCCGAUCACAAACUCAUUGGGGGUCAUUUGUUCAGUCUGGUUUGUGACACUCCCCCGAAACCUGCAAGGUCAAUAGAUGUUUUCUUGUUGUGUUGUAAUGGAAGACUGUCAGCCUCACUGCGCAGUAUUUGCCUGUGGUUCUUGGCUUUGCCAAAUGGCCAAAGCGACCCACAGAAGCAAGCAGCACUCGGUUUGCAGCGUCAUUCAAGACGCGAACUCCUUUAGACUCACCGUUUGCUCAGCCUCGAAGGUCUUCGGACGCUUCUGGACCGCCAAGCGAAAGCGCUCCAGGUGCAUCAUCUUUAACUCCAUCUCCUGAGCGUCGCGUGGACCACAAGCCGCCCAUGCGAGACCUGCCUUAAGUCUCCGCUCAUGUUUUGUGUCCGUUGAAGCUGCUUGCACUUUUGAGGGCCAACAAAAGCCCAUCCCUUUCUUUGGCCCCAAUGUGUUGGUCAAAAGAAGUUAGAUGAGGUUUGAUGAAUCAUAUGAGGUCUGAGCUUCUGCUUUGAACCCAACCGACCCUGCGGCCCCAGCCGCAUCCAGGCGAUAGAAUGUUCAAAAGACCUCAGAUGCUUUGCAACAAGGAAUUGCCGCUGCAAAAGCAGAAUGAAGGCAACUAGGCCGGUCAAAGCAGUUGCUUGCCGGGUAGCGCUGGCAGUUACGGAG